AUGCCAUAUUUGAACGGAGGUGAUCUGGAUGCAUUGAUUGAAAAGAACGGGAAGCUGGACAUUGACAUCGCAAGAUUUCUUGCUGCUGAAAUGGUGUGUGGAAUACAAUACCUACACAAGAAUGGAAUUAUCCAUCGAGACCUAAAGCCUGAAAACAUCUUAUGGGACGGCAUGGGUCACCUUAAGAUUGCCGACUUUGGCUUGGCAGUAGAAAACAUGUUUGGCAGCAGUACUUGCCGAGAGUACGCUGGCACACCGGGAUACAUUGCCCCUGAGGUGAUAGGUGACCAAAAGGCGUGCAGUGUUAGGUACAAGCUUUCUUAA